ACUACUAUAUGUAUACUAUAUGCAAUAACAACACACUUUAAGUUAUCACUUACUCUCCCUCUCUAAUCCCUAUUUAUCUUUGUUCUUCUUUUUAAUUAGUUUUAUUUUACAAAAAUGAUGAUGAGUUGCCAAGCAUGGCCUGAACCAGUGGUUCGUGUUCAAGCCUUAGCUGAAAGUGGCUUAAGCUCUAUCCCAUCCCGUUACAUCAAGCCGCGCUCACAGAGACCUACCACUACCAAUACCAAUACCAACACAACUUCUGUGGCCUACCCACAAGUCUCUCAGACUGAGGACGAUCACAGUGAUGUAAAUAUAAAUAUCCCUGUGAUCGACCUUCAGUCUCUAUCCUCUGGGGAGGAUAUUGCCCUCCAGGAAGAAACUCUCCAACGCGUUGCUGAGGCGUGUCGGGAGUGGGGUUUCUUCCAGGUGGUGAACCAUGGCGUUAGCCAUGAGCUGAUGAGGAACGCAAGGGAGCUGUGGCGCGAGUUCUUCGACCAACCAUAUGAGCUGAAGGAGGAGUAUGCCAAUUCUCCUAACACCUAUGAGGGUUAUGGGAGCCGUUUGGGUGUGAGUAAGGGUGCCAUUUUGGAUUGGAGUGACUACUUCUUCCUCCAUUACAUGCCUCCUUCACUUAGGAACCAAGACAAGUGGCCUACACUUCCGUUGUCCCUCAGGAAAGUAAUCUCGGAAUAUGGAGAAGAAGUGGUGAAGCUAGGAGGAAGGAUGCUGGAGUUGAUGUCAAGAAACCUAGGCCUAAAAGAGGAUUACCUUAUGAAUGCAUUUGGUGGAGAGAACGAGAUUGGAGGGUGUUUAAGGGUUAAUUUCUACCCAAAAUGCCCUCAACCUGACCUAACCUUAGGACUCUCAGCUCACUCAGACCCUGGCGGGAUGACCAUCCUUCUGCCUGAUGAUUUUGUGUCCGGCCUUCAAGUGCGCAAAGGAAAUCAUUGGAUCACUGUCAAGCCUCUCCCAAAUGCUUUCAUCAUCAACGUUGGUGACCAAAUUCAGGUGAUGAGCAAUGCAAUAUACAAGAGUGUGGAGCACAGGGUUAUUGUGAACUCAAACAAAGAUCGUGUGUCCUUAGCCUUCUUUUACAACCCAAAAAGUGAUUUGCUUAUUGAACCUGCCAAAGAGCUUGUGACUAAGGAAAGGCCAGCACUCUAUCAACCAAUGACGUAUGAUGAAUAUAGACUUUAUAUUAGGAUGAAUGGACCUUGUGGGAAGGCCCAAGUUGAAUCUUUGACUUCCCCAAUUAGGUGAUUAUUAUUAUUCCAACAAUAAUUAUUAUCAUAAUCAUAUUAUGUAAUGUGAAAUGUGAAAAUAUGGCAAUUAGGAUCUAAUUGCAUCUAAAUAAUUGAAACAUAUAUAUUGCUAUCCUUAUUGGAUGUCUAAAGUUAUAUGAUAAUGAUGGGUUAAGUUGAUGAUAUAUAUGUACAAGGAGUGUUUAAAUCA